CAGCUUAAAACCUGCCUUUUCUUUUAGGGUGCAUUCAUUUCCUGCCUCGCUUGCAGGGAGGCCCCUCACACCCAGUGGGACAUGGUGGAGGCAGCCAGACUGAGGGUGGGGGCUGGGCUGUGGCCAGCCAGUGCUGGGGCAGCUCAGGCCCUGCAGGCACCAGGGUGCCAUGAAGUGUGUCUUUCAGGCAAGGCCCCAGGAGAAGAUGGCCCACGCGGGAGACCGCAAGCAGAUGCCCUGGCUCCCUGUCCUGGUGGUGUCACUGCUGUGUUCAGCCAGAGCAGAAUACUCCAACUGCGGAGAGAAUGAGUACUACAACCAGACCACGGGACUGUGCCACGAGUGUCCCCAGUGUGGCCCUGGAGAGGAGCCCUACCUGUCCUGUGGUUAUGGCACCAAAGAUGAGGACUAUGGCUGCGUCCCCUGCCCAGCGGAGAAGUUUUCCAAAGGAGGCUACCAGAUAUGCAGGCGUCACAAAGACUGUGAGGGCUUCUUCCGGGCCACCGUGCUGACACCAGGGGACAUGGAGAAUGAUGCUGAGUGUGGGCCGUGUCUUCCUGGCUACUACAUGUUGGAAAAUAGACCCAGGAACAUCUACGGCAUGGUCUGCUACUCCUGCCUCCUGGCACCCCCUAACACCAAGGAAUGUACAGGAGCCAGCUCCGGAGUCUCUGCCAACUUCCCCAGCACCUCUGGCAGCAGCACCCUCUCUCCUUUCCAGUACGCCCACAAAGCAGAGCUCUCAGGCCAAGGGCACCUGGCCACAGCCCUGAUCAUUGCCAUGUCCACCAUCUUCAUCAUGGCCAUAGCCAUUGUCCUCAUCAUCAUGUUCUACAUCAUGAAGACGAAGCCUUCAGCCCCAGCAUGCUGCACCAGCCACCCAGUGAAGAGUGUGGAAGCCCAAGUGAGCAAGGAAGAGGAGAAGAAAGAGGCCCAAGACAGCAUGGUGAUUUUCUCCGAGAAGGAUGAAUUUGAGAAGCUGACUGCCGCUCCAGCCAAGACUGCCAAGAGCGAGAAUGACGCAUCAUCGGAGAAUGAGCAGCUGCUAAGCCGGAGCAUGGACAGUGAUGAGGAGCCUGCCACUGACAAGCAGGGCUCCCCAGAGCUGUGCCUGUUGUCGCUGGUUCACCUGGCCCGGGAGAAGUCGGCAGCCACCAAGUCAGCCGGGAUUCAAAGUCGAAGGAAAAAGAUAUUGGAUGUGUAUGCCAAUGUGUGUGGAGUUGUUGAAGGUCUCAGCCCCACAGAGCUGCCAUUUGACUGCCUUGAGAAGACAAGCCGAAUGCUCAGUUCCACGUACAACUCCGAGAAGGCUGUUGUGAAAACAUGGCGCCACCUUGCCGAGAGUUUUGGACUCAAGAGGGAUGAGAUUGGGGGCAUGACAGAUGGCAUGCAGCUCUUUGAUCGCAUCAGCACAGCAGGCUACAGCAUCCCAGAGCUGCUCACAAAACUGGUGCAGAUUGAACGGCUGGAUGCUGUGGAGUCCUUGUGUGCAGACAUACUGGAGUGGGCUGGGCUUGUGCCACCUGCCUCCCAACCACCCACUACAUCCUGAGGAGCCUGCCUAUAGUCUGCCCUCCCUGGGAGGCACCAAGGAUCUACCAAGGGCUCUGGAGCUGUGAGUGCUGGCGACAGACUGCCAAGAGUCAGGCUUUUUCUGCUGUCAUGAGGAUUUGCCUUAGGCCAUUCCAAGGAACAAGAGGAAAUGAGGCCUGUCUUCUAAUCUAACCAAAAAUAAAAGAUUAAAGUUGGGAUAGUCCCAGCUACCCACCUGUACCUCACCAGGCAGGAUGAAUAUUUAUUCAACUCAUUUAAGGGAUGUUUUUGGGUGCUCAGAUGAACCAAACAAUGUGGGGAUGACAGAGGUGAAGAAUCUAGUACCUGUUUUUAAGGAGUUUACAACCUCAGGAGAGACAGAAGGUGUGUCUACAAACCAUCUUGCUAGAAAACAUCAAACAGUCUAGACGAAGGGAUACUAAGAAAACAUAAUAAGUUCUGAGGGAGGGAGAUGGCUCCCCACUGGGGUGAUGAAGGAGGGCAGCAUCAUGAAGAAAGAAGCUCAAAUGCCUGGUGAAAUGGCUACCAAAGGCAGAUGCCACACUCCACAUAGUGUGUCAGGUUUGGUACAAGUCUGUUAAUAUCCUAAGUGGCUGUUCUUAAGGUCAUUCGUAUUCCUACAGCCCUUCCAAUCACUAAUGGAAGAGUUCACUCUGUGGCCUGCCUUCUGUCACUGAUCUACAAGGCAUGUGUUUGUCCAGUCCAGUAGACCUGUGUCCAGUGGCCAGUUUCACCUAUUGCCUGAUUCCCAGGCCUGAGACCCAGUGGUUUUGUAUUACACAUGAAUUGCUUUCCACUCUCAUCCCUAGUCAGAUUUGACCCUUUGGGGGCAGCAAUGUUCAAAGACACAGUCCAUUUAAAUUAUGUGUCAGCCUGUUUUUGCUUCAAACAGAAAUGAGUGGUCAGCUAUAUGUGGAAAGAGAAAUUGUGACUUCCUAGGAAUUCAGCCAUGUAUAAU